CCAGUGUCGAGCCAUGGCUUAUAUACGCAAAUUUGACUCAACCAUUUCGUAACGACCUUGGCCAAUGUGCAUGGUGUAUUCUCUUGGCCAAUUGCUCAGGCAUUGCACGUAGCCAGUCCAAUUGGCACUUAUGUGCAUAAGUGACUUAAAUAAUUUGUAGGUUUAGCCCCGCUUGGCUCAUUAGCUGGGCCAGCACGAUGUCUGCGCCAAGGCUCUACCUAUUAGCUGGCUGGUGUAUAAAAGCCCUGGCUCAAGCAGCUAUCAUCAUCAGUUCCGUUCAACCAACAAACUAAGCAACUCAAGAUGUUCAAGUCAAUCAUCCUCGCCGUCUUCGCUCUGAUUGCCUGCGCUGCAGCCAAGCCAGGAAUUGUGGCUCCACUGGCCUACUCCGCGCCCUAUGUGGCAUCUCCAUAUGUGGCAUCGUCGUACGUGGCUUCCCCCUAUGUGGCAUCCCCGUAUCUUGCAUCGUCCUACGCUGCUGCCUACACCGCUCCUCUGUACCUCAGGAAGUAGGCAGAUAAAGACGACCCGGCAAAACACAUCUGCAAAAAUUGAAUAUGAAUAAACAAAACUGAA